GUGGCGAAGAAGAAGAAUAGGCCCGAGCCGAAGUCGGAAGUGCUAGUUGUUCAAGCGGAGUUAGCCAGCUAGUUUUAGUCGGGUAGGUUAACUUGGUAUUCACCUGUAAAAUCACCAUGGGUCUGUUUGGCCGAACACCGGAGAAACCACCAAAGGAUCUGAUUAAUGAGUGGUCUCAGAAAAUCAGGAAGGAAAUGAGGGUGAUUGACAGACAAAUUCGAGAUAUUCAGAGGGAAGAAGACAAAGUUAAAAGGUCUAUCAAAGAUGCUGCCAAAAAGGGCCAGAAGGAUGUGUGUGUGGUUCUCGCAAAAGAGAUGAUUCAGUCAAAACGAGCAGUUGCAAAACUUUAUGCUUCCAAAGCCCAAAUGAACUCUGUACUACUCAGCAUGAAGAAUCAACUUGCUGUAUUGCGCGUAGCUGGGGCCCUGCAGAAGAGCACAGAGGUCAUGAAAGCCAUGCAGAACCUAGUAAAAGUCCCAGAGAUCCAGGCCACCAUGAGAGAGCUAUCGAAGGAGAUGAUGAAGGCUGGCAUUAUUGAGGAAAUGCUUGAAGAUACGUUUGAAAGCAUGGAAGAUGGAGAGGAGAUGGAGGAAGCAGCAGAGGAGGAAGUUGAUAAGAUCCUCUUUGACAUCACAGCAGGUGCUCUUGGCAAAGCACCAAGCAAAGUCACAGAUGCCCUGCCUGAAAUGGAGCCUGCAGGAGCCGCUGCAGCUUCAGAAGAUGAGUCAGAGGAAGACAUUGAAGCAAUGCAAUCGAGAUUGGCAGCUCUGAGGAGCUAAGGGGAACUGUCACUGUCCUGCCAAAGUCAGUUCGCUCUUUUGCGAAGGACAGUCAAUUUUGGUGCACGGUUUGAAGUGCUGAGCAUCUUCUCUGCUUUAUAUCAUUAUUAUUUCACCUAAUCAUUUUGGGUUAACUGUUGCUAUGACAGUCAAUGUCUUUAAAACUGUUUUUUAUAGAAAAUGUGUUGUACUCAGUGUGAGGAAAAGGGUCUUUUUUGUUUUAUGUCUACUAUUUUCAAGGUUAGUCCUUUUAUAAGUCUUUGUUGUCCAAAGUCAAAGAGAAGGUUUAAGAAAGUGUAUAUAAUGUAAGUAUGAAAAGCCUGCUGUGCCUACAGUGCUUCUGUCCAAUAUGUGGACUGGUAGUGGAGGUACUUGGACAUAUAUGAUCCAAAUGACUAUUAACUAUUGAUGGAAAUCACCCUUGCACAAAAAUCACAUUCUUUAUUCAUCAUUCAGCAGUAGCUCGUCUCUGUUAGAAUAUCCUUCGUAAGCAACCACCUGUUUACCAGUUAUUUGUCUACAUUUACUGAAACACUAGACAAUGGGUGUGAUCUCUUUGGAUAGUUAAUUUUCUGUACAGUCAAAAUAUCUAUACUAAAUGUGGUUAUACAUGUGAAGUAUACCUAUAGGAGAAAUGCACGCAUACUACCCUAAUUCUUAGCUUGCAUUAAUCUUCCGCUUCUACAGUGAUAAGAAGCAAGAAGAUGCAGCUGACAUAAAGAGGCUGGUUAGUGCAGAACCUCUGUGUUGUGGAAGUUUUGUGUGUAACGUUUUCUAUGUGAAUGGGGAAAAAAAAAUAAAAACUCUAUGAACGAAAGUUAAUAUAA